UCCUAAACCCUAGGCGACGAGCGAGCGCCUGCCGCAGUGGACGAAGACAACGGCGCGGGCGAGUGUCUUUCGCCGGAGUCGCGUGCAGAUUUUUCUAGCGCGCAGCUCCGGCGAGCGGUGCUCAUCACAGACCUCUGCGACGCGGCCGAGCUCGUGCAGGCGUCCCCGCAACGACGACGGCGUCGCGUCACCAGAUCCGUUACGGUGGUGGGUCCCCAACGCCGACAAGCAAGCGAAGAGGCACAGGGACAGAGCGUGCGGCGGGCGACCUUGCUCCGGCGGCGGUUCCGUAAGUCAGAUCUGACUCAAAGUACAUGCGAUGUCCAAGCGGGUGAGAAGCAAGGGAGAUGGAGGAGCUCCACUUACCCCGGUGGAGCAGGAGGACCGGGACAUCGAGGGAGUGGUGCAGAAGCGCCUGCAAACUGAAUUCAGCAAGCUCAAGGGGGCGGAGAAGAGGUGCGAGCGUGCUUUCAAAGAGGCGGGUAUGAGAGGGACCCUUGUGGCAGAGGGGCAGAAAUUUAUCGAUAGUCAAAGUCUACCAAAAUUUGAGCUAAAAGUUGAUUGUUCUGCGGAAGAAUUCAAGGCUUACAUCAAGAAGAGGAGAGAACACAUUAGAAAGGUCGCCUCAUACAACUUUGGGGAAAGAAUUGUUUCAACACCACCGGAUCAUAUUGUUACAUUCAGUAUGACUGAAAUGAUGGAAACACCAGAGUUAGGCUCUACAGCUGUAUCAGUGUUGCAAUUGCUUUGCUGUGAUUGGAGUGGGUAUUUCACCCUCUUUAGAGGAACCCCUGACUACUCGAAGGAUCCUAAGAAGAGGUAUGAGAAAGGUGGUUUUCUGACAUUUGCUAAAAUGACAAAGAAAAUGAAGUUCCCAGAUAUAUUUGGAGCCAUUACCGAGUUGGAACAGUAUAAAGAAUCAUACACAGAUGUGACAGAAGUUGAAAUAUUCAAAGGCUUCCUUAAGAGAAUGACCGACGAAGUCAGAAAGCUCAGUGUUCUCAAUCGUCAAAGCUAUAAAAGUCAGCUCGUUCCUUUGCUAAAUCUGUUGAUGUUCAUCCUUGGGGAGUGCCCGCGGUUCCCUGAAAGUGAGGACUUCGUGGUUGAGAAUUGUGAGUUGCCUCGUUAUCUUCUGAAAACGGUGACCCCAAGGCUCGAUGGAUUGAUCCAUCUAUGGUCCGAAUUAUCAAAACUGGCAUUCAAGUUUUUCAUUGCUAUUGUGGAGUUUGACAUGAAGUUUAGGGAGAGUCGUGUUAGUUUUGAUGAAGAUAGAAACCUGAUGCACUCUAUACUCAAUAAGAGUGGGCGUAAUAUAGUGCUGAAUUUUUGCGGAUCAGAUGGAAACUUCAAUCUCAGGGCCUUGUUUGGAGGUUAUCUUCGUCUGCUAAAAUGUGAAAAGGAGGACAUUGUUAGGAUCAUCAUGCGGACGAAGCAUAAAGUCACUAACGUAAUUCAUGAGUACACACCAAAAAUUGAGGAGCAAGACCUGUCAAAGUUGUCAGAAGCCAAGAGGAUUAUACUAGCCAAGAGGAAAGAUGACGACAAUGCUGAGUAUGAGCGUUGGGAGAAGAUCAGGGAUGUGGAUAAGCUGAAGCUUAUAGAUGUCCUUUUGAAUGAUUUGCCCAUCGUGUAGUUCCAGUAAAAUGCUUUAUAUGUUAGCUAGCAACUGUCAGGAAUGCUGUUGCCUGUCACUGAAGCUGCAGAGGAUGAUGAAGAUGCUGGAUCUGAGAAGUGUGAUGACCACUGAUGCGAGAUGCAGGAGGCGUUUUCUGGAGGACAAAAUGUUCAGUUGAUGUGGUCUUGUUGCAAUGUGUUUUGGCCCUAGUCUUGACUGAUGGGCGCUAAAGUGAUGUGAAUAUGACAGAAGUGUGAGACCAGUGAUGCGAAGAUGACAGAAGUUGUUUUCUGGAGGUCAAAAUGUUCAGUGGGCGCUGAAGUGAUGUGAAUAUGACAGAAGUCUGAGAAGUGCGAGACCAGUGAUGUGAAGCUGACAGAAGUUGUUUUCUGGAGGUCAAAAUGUUCAGUGGGCGCUGAAGUGAUGUGAAUAUGACAGAAGUCUGAGAAGUGCGAGACCAGUGAUGUGAAGAUGACAGAAGUUGUUUUCUGGAGGUCUUGUGUUUUGUGGCAAUGUGUUUUGGCCGGGUGCUUUAGUUGUAUAUAUGAAUUGCAGUUGUUACUCUUGUAGUUGUCUUCUCGUUUUGGUAUGGUUUGGAAUUCGGUUACUUGCUAAUUGUGUAGUUCCUUUCCGUUUUGAUAUGGUUUGGAACUCGGUUACUGCUUUUCUUUUGGACCUUGUUCUGUUAAUGAGUAAUAGAACCCAGCUCCCAGUUUGGAGUCGUAAACGGGAAGCAAAA